AUGCACUUAUCAAAAACCUUGGCAGAGGAAGCUGCAUGGAAAUUUGCGGAUGAAAAUGGCAUUGACUUGGUAACAUUGCAUCCUGGAUUUGUUAUUGGUCCUCUGUUGCAGCCAACUCUCAAUUUAACUUCUGAGGCUAUUGUGGACUUCAUUAAAGAAGGGAAAGAAACUUUUAGUGAUGGAAUCUAUAGAUAUGUUGAUGUUAGAGAUGUUGCUUAUGCACAUAUUCUAGCAUUUGAGAAUCCUUCAGCCAGUGGCAGAUACUGUCUAGUUGAGAAAGUGACAUAUUCUUCUGAAGCUCUAAAGAUUUUAAACCGGCUUUACCCUUCCCUCAACCUCUCUGCAAAGUAA